GAUCCGAGAUGAAGCGACCCUUGACCUUCAGGAGAGCCGCUGCCCCGACCCGUCCCGCACGCGCUCCAGCAGGGAGUUUCGUACCGUAGACUUCCUGAUCUGAUCAUCAUCAUCUCCAGUCCGAACGCUUUAAUGGGCAUCUUGAAAUAGAUGACGAACUCGCACGGAGUGAGUCUAUCGAACCCAUGCUCACAUCUUUUCCGGGUCGCUGACCCACAAUGCCCUGCUUCUGUGGACGGGCCGAGGCUCAGGUCAAACGCCUCGUCUCGCUGCAGAUUCAUCCUCAUCACUGAACCGUGCCGGAGAAGAGGAAGACCACGUCAGCCUCUUCGCUAGCAUGAACACGGAUAACGUGAAGCUAACAGACACCGUGCUUUAACAUUACACACUAUUCAAAGUGACUCACAAGAGAAGAACUAAAGCCAUGUUUUGGAGACAACAGUAUUUGUAAUAUCCAGUGUCAGACUUAUUUCACUGAUCAAGCUCUCUAUAUUUUCCAAUAGUUAGACUGAAGAACUCACAUUUAAACCCUCAUCAAACCCACAGAAAAUCAAGAUAGUAUAGUUUGCAUGAAUAAAUGAAGGCUGUUUUUAGGACCGUGUGUGUGUGUGUGUGUGUGUUGAUGACAGUGAAGAGCAUUGACCCUCUGCUGCCGGUUUUGGCACUUGCUGAGUGAACUCACAAAAAUCAUGGACACGAUUGGAAAAGGUUAAAUAUUCCUGGAAAAAAUAGGCAAACUUGUUCUUUUUGCUGUCAAAAAUGAUCUCAUUAGAAACGAAUGCGAGGCUUCACUCCUCCAGUGGAAGCGUUCGGUACUGCACCCACACGCACUCAUUUUUGAGAUAUCAACCUCGAAUUAAAAAAUUUUUUUUUCAACUUUCAACAACAUUUCAGUCAUUUUAGAUGGCCACGUGAGCACUAGAGGGUUAAUAAUAAUUUGGGGGAAUGUGGUUAAUUAUAAAAAAUGUCAAUGCAAAAUUCCCAGUUACAACCCAGAGAGUACGACCCAGACAUGUCCUUGGUAAGAUUCACCCACAUAUACUAAAUAAUCAUCAUUGUUGGAAAAGUGUAUCAAAUGUGGAGGCUAUUUCCAGAACCCUAGAAGUGAAAUGUCAAUGUGUUUUUAUUUAAAAUGUGCUUAAUAUGAUUAAUAUUUUGAAUGCCGUGACCAGACCGUGGCCAGAGCGCUCCUUCGGGAUGAUGGACACCAGAACGCCACAGGCUGGUUUCUUCACCUGCAUUAUUGAGCCUGGAAAACAUGUCCUGCUGUAUUUCAAGAUCUGUUUGGAAAGUGAUGUUUUUUGUAGUCGUGGUUUCAUUGUUAAUGUUUUAUUUUUCUCAUGCGUGAAGUUUUAACUAUGCAAAGGAGGGAUGUUUAACUGCUAAGAGGUUGUGUAAGUCUCAUGAACGGAUGUUCAACACACUUGUGAAGGACAGCUGUGUAAUGUGACGUGUCAUCGGCUGGCGAAGCCGAGUGUUUUCUUCAGGACUUCAGAACUGUUUCUACACUCGUCGACACCAGCAUCCAUCCGUCAACCCUUCAGUGAUGCGCUGCUGUAAUAAAGCCCCUCUCUUUGAGACGUUUGCUACACCUUUCACGUGUGUCGUGUUGCUUUAGUGUGUUUGUGAUGCCCCAAUUGUUGGUUCGUCACAAUUGAUGAACGUAGUAUUGUUGUUGAAUGUAAAAAAUACAUUGAGUGGAUUGUGGUUCUGCUAGACCAGUGGAGGGCGCUAUGUGAGUGCAGUGUGUUGCGAAGUGUCUGCUACGUUGCUCGUCACAACCCAGCAAGACCGGAGCUGAUCACACGCAUAUGGUUGUCCUGUGUUUAUUCCACCAUUCCACAGGUUAGUUGAUUGUUUAAUAUGCCAAUCUCUAUGGAUGUUUGGAGAAUAUAUGUUAGUAAACAUUAAUGGUCGCAAAUUGAUUCGUUUUGAUAAAGAUUUACAUGGUUAAUCUUAAGAGAAAAUCGCGAUUUCCACCCGCGAUUGGAUAGUAUGUAUGCUCCAUUACAGAGUUAAUUGAAGGUGAACAUGUUUAAAUGUGUUGUUAUAUUAGUUAAUAAGAUGUGUAUUUUACUUUAGAAAUGCAUGUGAGUGGUCUAAAAUGGGGAAAAUACUCAGGAAUACUUUGUUUGAAUAUGUGUUUUCAUUAAACAUUGAACAACAUGUGAAUAUACAAUGUGAAUAUACAAAUGAGAAAUAUAGUCAUUGGCUGAUGGACAGAUCUUUGAGAAAACAUUGUGUCAUUGUAAGAAAGAGACUGAAACAGUGAAAUUGUGCAUAAUCAAUUUAUUAUGAAAAUGUAUUUUGUUUUGGACAUUUGGGUUUGUUCUAAUGUGAACAUUUUGAAGUAAACACAACCCAGCAAGACCGGAGCUGAUCACACGCAUAUGGUUGUCCUGUGUUUAUUCCACCAUUCCACAGAUUGCUGGGAACGCUUAACUGUCAGCUGAUACGGAGAUCCUGUACCCGCUACAGUUCUUGGGGGCUCGUCCGGGAUAGCGCCACCUGCUGGAGAAGUGGAGCUUAUCCAAAAGAAUCCGAAGACCAGCUUAUUGUGAAUUCCUGAAUGGAAGGCCUGCUGUUGUUUGACUGUUGUUAGCAGUGGUAUGGAGAUCUGUGGAGUCACAGAAUGCAUCAGAUUCUCAGGACUGAGUCACACCGGACCCGGAGCUUCAAUCCCAUGAUCCUCUUCUCUGUAUUUUCAGACAACAACACCAUAUUGCCAUGGAGAUCGUUCCUCCAUCUCUGACGGGACACGAGACACGAACACCUCCUGGACCACGGAAAUGGCUCGUGCACGCGCCUCAGUGCUCAGCAGAGUCUGGAGCUGGAGGAUCUUCAUCUUCAUCACUGUCAGCUGUCCCCCUGCGCGCGCAUUCUCCCUUCACCCAGAGAGCGGCUCUGGCGGGCAGCUGGACCUGACGGAGCUCAUCGGCGUGCCCUUGCCCCCGUCGGUCUCCUUCAUCACGGGCUUCGAGGGGUUCCCCGCGUACAGCUUCGGGCCGGACGCUAACGUGGGCCGCCUCACGCGCUCCUUCAUCCCAGACCCGUUCUUCCGGGACUUCGCCAUCAUCGUCACGGCCAAACCCAGCAGCCGUCGGGGGGGAGUGCUGUUCGCCAUCACCGACGCCCUGCAGAAGGUGGUGCAGCUGGGGGUGGCGCUGGCGCCGGUGGAGGACGGGUCUCAGCGGGUGCUUCUGUACUACAGCGAGUCCGGAGACGCACACACGCGCGAGGCGGCCUCCUUCAAGAUGGCGGAGCUCACGGGCCGGUGGGCCCGGUUCACGCUGGCGGUGCAGGGCGAGGAGGUGAAGCUCUACAUGGACUGUGAGGAACACCACCGCGUGGCCUUCCACCGGAGCCAACACACACUCUCCUUCCAGCCCAGCUCCGGCAUCUUCAUCGGGAACGCUGGAGGAACACGGAUGGAGCCCUUCCUGGGCUCGAUCCAGCAGCUGGUUCUGACGGCCGAUCCCACGGCACCGAACGAGCAGUGUGAGGAGGACGAGCCUUACGCAUCAGGUUACGGAAGCGGUUACGAGAUCUACGACGACACGGAGACUGGCGACGAAGUGAAGAAAGUGCAUGAAGAGAGAGAAUAUCCCACGGUUGAGCCGGUGAGAGCGCCCCCUACUGAUGCUCCCUCGCUCCACACACACACAGAUGAUGAAGACUGGGCAGAAAGCUCCGGAGACCACAUGAUCAUUAACACUCCCACAGAGCCCAUCAGAUCAGAGGGAGCCUCUCAGGACAGACACGUCAUCACCAUGCAGAAAGGAGAGAAAGGAGACCGAGGUCCAGCCGGCGCGCCCGGAGCGCCUGGAUCACCGCUGGGAUCGGGAGAACCAGGACCCCGGGGCCCUCAGGGGCCGGCAGGAGCUCCGGGAGCCGACGGACAGAAGGGACGUCCAGGGAACGACGGCGCCGCUGGAGAGGUGGGACCUCCGGGGUUCCCGGGCCUUAAUGGAGAUCCGGGUCCCAAAGGGGACAAGGGCGAUCCAGGUGUGGGCUUCGCAGGGCCUCCAGGACCUCCGGGGCCACCAGGACGGCCAGGGGCGUUCAAGUCUCCGGACGGCACUGACGGCUCGGGCUCCGGUUACCUGGACUUGGACAGUGACACAGAGGUGAUACGGGGUCCUCCAGGGCCUCCGGGUCAACCGGGUCCUCCUGGUCCUUCUGUCGGAGCUCACCCAGGGCCAGUCGGGCCCCCCGGGGCUCCUGGGAAGGAUGGGGAGAUGGGCAAACCGGGACUAUCGGGUGCUAAUGGACGAGACGGUGAACCUGGGAAAGACGGAGAAAAAGGCCAAAAGGGGGACGCAGGUGUACCUGGAACCAGUGGACCAAAGGGAGAUCCAGGGGUCCCGGGACAGCGAGGGCCUGAAGGAGCUGAGGGCCCCAGAGGACCCCCCGGACCCCCCGGACCAGCGGGGAAACCCUUCAGCUUCGACAUGAUGGAUCUGGAGGGCUCCGGCCUGGAUGGAGACAGUGGCUUCAGGCCGCUGCUGCCCAGAGGACCGCCCGGUCUUCCCGGGACCCCCGGACCCCCCGGACCACAGGGGAAAGACGGAGCCGACGGCCCUCGGGGUGUUUCAGUGAAGGGGGAGCCGGGCGCAGACGGAGCCGAUGGACAGCCCGGGUCACCUGGACGCCCUGGGCCACAAGGUGAAAGGGGAGAGAAAGGUGAUUGGGGUCAGAAGGGAGAGAGAGGCCUGGAUGGAGUGAGUUUACCUGGCCCUCCAGGGCCUCCCGGGCCCCCGGGACCCGUCUACAGCCUGCAUGAGCUCAUGCUCAACGACACUGAAGGGAUGUUCAACCUCUCCGGGGCUUUUGAAGCACAAGGUCCACCGGGUCCGAGAGGGCCGAAGGGGGACAGCGGGGCCCCGGGGGUCCAGGGGUCAAAGGGUCAGAAGGGAGAGUCGGGGUCCGUGUCCGGAGUCUCAGGGCCACAGGGGCCAGCAGGACUAAAGGGCGAGCGUGGCGUUCCUGGCCCGCCUGGGCAGCAGGGCCUCAUCGGACCCUCUGGACCAAAGGGGGAGUUUGGAUUUCCAGGACGUCCGGGUCGUCCAGGGGUCAGCGGGCGGAAGGGAGAGAAAGGAGAGUCCGUGGGUUUACCUGGUCCUCCGGGUCCUCCAGGCCGUCCAGGGCCCUUCAACUGUCCCAGAGGAACCGUGUUUCCCGUCCCUCCUCGGCCCAACUGCAAACAGCCCCUGAAUGGAGAUCCCACUCGAGGCCACACACUGGAAACCAGAGUCACUGCUGAUAAAAGCUUCAUAGGAGAGAAAGGAGAGAGAGGUGAAGCGGGGAUGCCGGGGGAUCCUGGAAAGUCUGGUUUGUUGGGGCCUAAAGGGGAAUCUGUUGCCGGGCCCCCGGGUCACCCAGGCCCUCGAGGACCCCCUGGAGCACCAGGUUUGGGCAGAAGUGGUUUUGCUGGACCUCCGGGACCGCCGGGACCUCCGGGACCACCCGGACGAUACGCUUCCGGUGUGAGGAUCCCUGGUCCUCCGGGUCCUCCGGGUCCCCCGGGUCGAGCUGAUCCCGCCGGAGCCGUUCGGAGGUUUGCUAGUGUGCGAGUGAUGACGCAGGCGCUGGAGGACGAGGGAACGCUGGCUCUGCUCUCAGACUCCAGUAAACUCUUCAUCCGAGUGUCCGGAGGCUGGCGAGAGGUUCUGCUGGGCGCUCUGAUCCACACACUCCAGUCUCCUGCCCUCGCACAGGAUGAUGCUGAACCUCUGAUGCUGAGGCCUCAAUUCAACACACCUGAGAUACAUACGGGACAAGCACUGAGGCUGGUGGCCCUCAACACACCGCUGACGGGCAAUCUGGGCUCCAUCCACUCGGUGAACCAGCUCUGCAGAACUCAAGCUCAAGCCAUGGGGAUCAGGGACCAUUACAAGGCCUUCCUCUCACACCACCUACAGGACCUGAUUGACACCGUGCAGCCCAUGUUCCGGACUCACACGCCAGUCGUCAACCUGAAGGGUGAGGUCCUGUUCAAGGACUGGGAGUCGAUCUUCUCCAACCACCUCCUGCCUCCCGGGAUCCCGCUGUAUUCCUUCGACGGGCGUGAUGUGAUGAGUGACCCCUUCUGGCCUCAGAAGGCGGUGUGGCACGGCUCUUCAGCGAGAGGAAAGCGACUGGAUGCUCUGAACUGUGAGUCCUGGAGAGCCGGAGACAUGGCCAUCACGGGUCAGGCCUCGUUCCUCUACAGCGGAUUACUGAACCAGCAGACCCGAAGCUGCUCCAACUGGUUCAUCGUCCUGUGCAUCGAGACCAGCCACGAGCACAGAUCCUGAGAGACUGAAGCCGCUCGCCGCAGAAACUGUGUUAGUGUGGACAGAGACGACAUGAGCUCCAGCAGCACAUGAACGUUCAGUCCAACCCAAGCCGCCCUCCUCGAAUGUAACGUGUUUAUUGGCCGGAUCGCAGCGUUGGACCGGCGACGUCGGCCCUCUCCAUGACAUUUUCAUGCACUGUACUUUUAUUUUUGAUGUUGAUUUUCCAAACAAAAACCUUUUUUAUCAUGUCAUUUAUUUGUUUGUUAUUCUGUAUGUAUUUAAUUUAAUUUCCGUGUUUUAUUUAUACAGUGACCGACCGCACAUGAUUAAAAAAUGUCAUUGAUAAAUAUGUAAUUUAACUGUUGAAAUUAAUUUUCUUUCAUUUUUGUAUCGUCAUGAACCCGUUUUUGGACCUUGCAUCUGUUUUAACAAGUUCAGAUCACAAUCAAAUCAUCUUUUUUAUAGAUUUUUUUAUAAAGCAAAUCAAGUGUUUAUUGUCUGUUGAAUGAAACAUUUUUUUCCAAA